CAAAAGUUACUCAUGUACUCCUCAGACCCGUAUCUGGAAAUCAACUUAUCAGCUUGCCAACAGUCAACACUACUCGACUGUAGCGCACAUCGCGAUGCCUUCCCAGCUCUAUAUCAGCGGGAGCUCGAGCCCCUUGGUCAGUCGUUGGCCAGUCGCAGAGACAAAACAAAGUGUUACUUAAGAGACAAACAGAUUUAAAAUCGCUCAACCAUAUACGAAUUAAAAAAUGAUGAAAACUCCAGUAAACCAAAAGCGCCGCGUUUGCGUAAUCGGAGCGGGAACAGCGGGUCUGUGCGCCCUGAAGAACUCCCUGGAAGCAGGCCUGGAUGCGGUGGCCUAUGAGCGCGGGACCGAAAUCGGAGGCACCUGGAUUUUCUCCGAGGAGAUGCCCAAGAACGAGUACGACGAGGUGCACAGCAGCAUGUACGAGGGUCUACGCACCAACCUGCCCAAGGAGGUCAUGGGCUAUCCAGACUACUCGUACCCCGACGACAUCGACGAGUCCUUCAUCACCUCCAACCAGGUUCUGCAAUUCCUGCGCUCCUAUGCGGAACACUUCAAGCUCAAGUCGCACAUUAAGCUCCAGCACGAGGUGAUAAGAGUGCGUCCUCGCUUGGACGACUGGGAGGUCUACGUGUGGGACCACAGCACGGACACCUGCGACCCCGUCUACUACGACUUCGUGUACGUCUGCAAUGGGCACUACACGGAACCGGACAUACCGAACAUUGAAGGAAUCGAUCUGUUCGAGGGCAAGAAGAUGCACAGCCACCUGUAUCGCAGGGCAGAUAAGUUUAAAGACGAGACCGUAUUGAUCAUUGGCGCGGGUCCCAGCGGAAUGGACAUCACCAACCACGUUCGCCUGGCCGCCAAGCGGGUGUUUCUGAGCCACCACCUGUCCACUACGCCGAAUACAGGGUUCAUGGGCAACGUCACACAGAAACCAGAUGUGAAGCGCUUCACCAAGGAUGGAGCCGUUUUCACGGACGGAAGCACGGAAAGAUUCGACCACGUGAUGUUCUGCACCGGCUACAAGUACACGUUCCCCUGUCUCAGCACUGAUGUGGGCGUCCAGGUGAUAGACAACUUCGUCCAGCCUCUGUGGAAGCACUGCAUCAACAUCAACCACCCGACCAUGGCCUUCGUGGGCCUGCCCUUUAACGUGAUCCCCACCCACAUUUUCGACAUGCAGGUGCGCUUCACGCUAAAGUUUUUCACGGGCCAGCGAGAGUUCCCCUCGCGGGAGCAGAUGAUCGCCGAACUGGAACAGGAGAUCGGAGAGCGGUGGGGCUGUGGAGUCCACAACCACAAGAAGGCACAUCAGAUGGGCGAAAGACAGUUUGUGUACUACAAUGAACUGGCAAGGCUCGCCGGGAUCGAAAACAUUAAACCAGUAAUCCACAAGCUGAUGAAGGACUGCGGCAAGAAAUACAUUUUUGAACUGGAUUCGUACAGAAGUAACAAAUAUACAAUCGUGGACGAUGAAAAUUUCUUGAAAAACGGGAAAGCUGCGGUUUAAAGAUAAUAGUUUCCUUCUUAUACUAUAUGUUAGUCGAAUAAGAAUUACUUCUCCUAAUAACCUGAGAUUUUAUGUUAACAUUUGUAUAUCUCAGACAUGCUCUGAUUGUUAAGGUAAGUUGUUCAAGUCAGAAAAAAUAAAAUCGUAAUAUUCUAGACCAAA